AUGGCGGCCGCCGGAGGAGAGUCUUCUGCGAAGCCAGAAUCAGAUGAACUUUUUCAGAAUUUUUACACCGAGGUUAAGCAGAUUGAGAAGAGAGACUCUGUGUUCACAUCUAAGCAGCAGAUCGACAGACUGCUGAGACCAGGCGCUUCCUACUUCAAUCUCAACCCUUUUGAGGUCCUUCAAAUAGACUCCGAUGCAACUGAUGAUGCAUUAAAGAAACGUUUCAGAGCGUUGUCCAUUUUGGUCCAUCCCGACAAAAACCAAGAUGAUCCCGACAGAGCGCAGCUGGCGUUUGAAGCUGUGGAUAAGGCCUACAAGUCCCUCCUGGACCCAGACCAAAAGAAGAGGGCUGUGGAUGUGGUCCAGGCUGGACGGGAAUACGUCGAGCACAUAGUGAGCGAGAAAAGGAAAAAAUUGAAGAAGGAUGGAAAGGACCAGACGGUGGAAGAGGACGACCCAGAAGUGUUUAGGCAAGCCGUGUACAAGCAGACCAUGAAGCUGUUUGCAGAACUGGAAAUAAAGAGGAAGGAAAGGGAAGCCAAGGACAUGCACGAAAGAAAAAGAGCAAGAGAAGAAGAAAUCGAAGCAGCUGACAAAGCAAAGAGAGAUCGGGAGUGGCAGAAAAACUUUGAGGAAACGCGGGACGGACGAGUGGACAGUUGGAGGACCUUUCAGGCAAAAGGCAAAAGUAAAAGCAAAGCUAAGAACAAAGGAGAGAAACGGUCGUUCCUGAAGCCUCCCAAAGUGAAGAUGGAGCAGAGGGAAUGA